AUGACCCGUACCCAACACACGCGUCCCAGGCAACUGAAUGACCGCAGUAGUCAAGCAUUUCUACGUCGUUCCUGGUUCGCGGAGGAGUAUGACCCGAUCCAAAUGGGCAGUAUCGAUGGUACAGAUACGACACCACACGAUAAAGGACUUGUGCGAGCUCUGCACGCUCGCUACGAGGCGCAGAAAGACCCCCAGAUCCAGGGCGAUCCCUACGCGACGCUGUUUGUAGCUCGUCUGCACUAUGAUACGGUAGAAACGACGCUCUGUGAGUUCUUUAGUGCGUACGGACCCAUCAAACGUCUGCGUCUUGUACGCGACAAAAAGACGAGCAAGUCAAAGGGUUAUGCGUUUGUAGAAUUUGAACACGAGAGGGACUUCGAACGAGCGUAUAGACACGCCCACCGCCGUGUGAUCGAUGGAGCAACGAUCUUGGUGGACUUUGAACGCUGCCGGGUCAUGAAAGCGUGGAAACCACGUCGUCUUGGCGGCGGCUUGGGAGGGAAAAAGGAGUCGGGCCAGCUGCGAUUUGGCGGGAGGGAUCGACCGUUUAAACCGCCGAGAAUCUAUCCACGCUAA